AUGCCACUGUCUUUCUCUCAGCCGUGCUCCUGGGCACUUCUGGUGCUGCUAAUGUCAAACCUCCUUUUAUGGGAGAAUGUGACCUCUGCACCCUUGAAUAGCAAUGAGACUGAUGAACUAUACCUCACGGAACUCUUUGACCAUGCAAGGCUACUCUGUCAAAAUAUCAGAGACCUCAACAUGGAUUUGCCCAGGGUAUUUACUGUCAGUGCGUCAUCUGCAAAAGUUUCUAAUAAAUUUGUAAGUACCUCUUCACCAUCAGGGUCAUCCAAUCAAAUGCUUGAGCUUCUUGGAAAUCAGGAAUUCCUGGUUAAGAAUCUCAUCUCCUGCCACAAUUAUUCCAUCAAAUCACCAGAAAACAUGGAUGAAGUCCAAAAGAUCUCUCUUGAAGACUUUCCAAAACUGAUACUCAGUAGAAUGCAGGCUUGGAAUGACACUCUUCACAACCUCCUGAUCAUACUUGGAAGUAUGCCAGGAUCAUACAAUGAUGUCCUAUCAUUAGCCAAAGACAUUAGGACAAAAACUGCAAAGCUUUUUGAAGACACCAAGAGUAUACUCAGCAAGAUUUAUGGGACAACAGAAAAUGUGGAUUAUACCCUCUGGUCUGGUCUUGAAGCCAUUCAGUCAUCUGAUGAAGACUCUCGCUUUAUUGUCCUUUGUAAAUUAUCAUAUUGCUUGCACACUGAUUUACAAACAGUUGACCUUUCUCUCAUGAUCUUGAGAUGUAUGGUGCUUGUUGAUAGUGACAUAUGCUCAUCCCCAAGAAUUGGAGAUUCAUGA